AUGAAAGUGCACCUGAAGGAUUCCCACAUUCCGUCCUGGCAACAACUGCGUAAACUCGGCCCCAAUCCUCCAAAGGCCAUCCUCCGCGGCCCUGGACUCCAUCAAGCUGUAGGGCCCUAUUUUAAACGAGCUCCGGAUAUAUUUGACAUCUACCAAAGACCGCCCCGGAUAGGCCACACUGAACCGCUGGUGAAUCUCAGGCCACGCCAGCAUCUCCCUACCCUAGCAUCGGUGAACACUCAUCCUCUGAUCAAGCGAUUGGAGCGAGACCUUCGAGGGCUACGUCAAGGGUCGGAAAAUUACAAAGAGGCCCGCCGCAAGCUGAGAAACGAGAAACAGAACCUAAAGAGGGCACUCAAGCAGCAGAUCCGAGACGAAUGGACUGCUGAGCAGGCGGUUGACGAUAUUGAGCGACAAUUGCAAGGUAUUGGAUUCGCUAAGCAGGCGGCCGUGGACACGUCCUCUCGACCUCAGCGACCGGCUCAAAAGCGACUGGUGGAAGCACUCACCGCUCCCCUUAGCGACACGCUCGAAGGCCAGUUUCGGCGGAGAGACAACGCUAUCAACGCGGUCAGUGCGUAUUGCGUCGUCGAAGAAGGGCCAACCGUCCGCCGCACAAACACAUCGUCAGCAUACCCCAGCAGGCGUGCCGCCAUUGGCGAGCCUCCAGCCGAGAGCUGUCUGCAUGUGGCGCUGAUGUCAGUCUUCGUCAAGACAAAGCAGGAGAGACCGAGAAGAUGCUUCAUAUGUGUCGGCAAGGCACUCACCUUAGCGGGCGAUGAUGGAGCUGUCCAGGAUCUCAUCCACGAGUUCUACACUUCUGGUGACUUGACUAAGCACCUUCGACGCAAACACUUGUCGAAUCUGCGGGACGGCGACAAGAUCCAGUGCCAUGUUUGCGACAUGUCACUUGACCACAAAAUGCACCUCAAGAACCAUGCUCUGCGAGUACACGGAACCGUGCCUUAA